AUGUCUCAAGUAACAUUAAAAAAAAGUUUAUUUGGUAUAACAAAAGAUCAUAAUGAAUCGAUAAAAUAUACUCUUUCUACAUCGGAUGGUUUUGAAAUUGCUCUAAUUGAUUAUGGUGCUACUAUUCAAUCGAUUCGACAACCAGAUAAACAAAAUAAUAUAGCUGAAAUUACUCUUGGCUACGAUACUUUACAAGGUUAUAUCGAGGAUAAAUGUUAUUUUGGUUGUACUGUUGGACGAGUAACAAAUCGAAUAAAAAAUGGUUAUUUUCAAUUAGAUGGUAUUGAUUAUCAAUUGGAAAAAAAUGAUAAUGCAAAACAUCAUUUACAUGGUGUUUUUAAUAAACAUAUAUGGAACAGUUCAACAGAAAAUGAUGACACAGUUAUUUUUAAAUAUCAAAGUCCAGAUGGAGAAGAUGGUUUUCCCGGAGAAGUCGAUGUGACUGUCAAAUAUACAUUGACAAAUGAUCAUCGUUUAAUUAUGGAUUUCUAUGGCAAAACAACUAAACCAACACCAAUUAAUAUGACGAAUCAUACUUAUUUCAAUCUUAGUGGAAAUACGAAUGAAACAAUACUCGAUCAUCAACUAAUUAUAUCAGCAAAUCAAUUCACUCCGUUAGAUGAAGAACAUAUACCUACUGGACAGAUAGCAUCAGUAGAAAAUACUCCAAAUGAUUUUCGAAAAUUAACUUGUGUUGGUGAUCAUAUUCAUGAGAUACCAUAUGCUUAUAAUGUUAUGUUUAUUGUUGAUGGAGAAGGAAAACGUUCGUUUGGCAAACUUGUACAUUCGAAAAGUGGUCGAGCUAUAAAUAUUGAAUCAACACAAAAAGCUCUUCAAUUUUAUACAGGAACCUAUCUUGAUAAUGUGAAUGGACGCGAAGGAGUUAUUUAUAAGAAAUAUAGCGGUCUUUGUUUAGAAACACAAAACUAUACUGAUAGUGUUAAUAAUCAACCUCAAUUUCCAAGUACAAUUCUUCGUCCUGGUGAAGAAUAUCACGAACAAACAUUUUUUCAUUUUUAUCUAGAAUAA